AUGUGCUGCCUCAGGUUCGUAUCUGGAUACACGUGGAACGGCAAACCGCACCCAUCGCUUGCGACAGCCAGCAGGCGCAACCCUCGCCACACAGGUUAUGCCAAGCCAUAUGUCAAUUGGCAGGAGCGUGGACGUACAGGUCUAACGAGCAAGGCCACUGGCAAUCCUUUUGCCUUUGCUGAGAGGCCCUAUGGUACGGUGGCAGCCCUGGAGGCAAUGGUCCCGACUGCCACCAGGCCCUUCUACAUUACCGACCGGCUGGAGGUGUCCUCGCCGGGGCCCUACCUUUCCAGCUUCGAGGAGUCCUCGGCACACUGCACCCUGUGCCCCGUCAGACCGUCUAGGCAAGCGUCUCCAAUCGCUAGGAACGACGAAGCGGAGGAUGACUCGGAUGACAGCCCGACGGGCCACACUCCGGUGCCACCAGCGACAGGAGGCGGGGGUGUCCACGUGUACUUCCCGCCGUACGUGGCUACCCCUGCCCUCCACCACGUGGCUGCCUACGGCAAGCUACCUCCCCAUCUUCUGACCAUGGAGGAGGUUCCCGGGAAUCUUCUGCAAACGUCAGGCCUCGCAACAGGUAUGGACCAGCCGAAGACCGCAAAGCCCCUUGCACCCCUCCGGGUGCAACAUCAUCUCGCGAUCUGGCAGCUCAAGGUCGACUACCUUCGCGACCCCGUGCACCCAAGCAUGCUCGAGAUCAUUCCCCUCCUGAGAAAGACUCCAGGCGUCGUUCCUCCAGCGAAUCCAGCAAUCGCAGUCGUUCCCCUCUCAGAGACCCUCACGGACGACUUCCCAUUCCACGCCGUCGCUCGGGAGAUCAUGAAAAUGCAGCAGCAGCAGCAGCAGAAGUAUCCGCUACCGCCGCCUGGCAAGGAUGAUUGGCCCACAGCCCGGCCUCCUGAGACUCUCGGUCCUAGGCCAAAAGGCAGUGUGCGAGAGCAGCUGGAUUCGUGCCAACCAGGCUUCCCUGCUGCAGCAUCGGACUCCAAGAGUCCCAUGCAGAAUGCAACGAGCACUCCAGAUCUCCAGUCACACUCUGCAGCUGUGGAGUCUCCUGCUGGCUCUGCUGUUCCCAGCUCACCUGGAGCCCUUAUAGAUGCGUUUUUAAAGACUGACGACUCUUCAGCCAAGCGUGCAUACAUGUUCCGAUCUGCCCUGUGA